AUGAGUGACAUUUCUUUCUCAGAAAAGCAUUCGUUAUUUAACUAUAUUUCAGAAAAAACAGUUUUUGAUGAAAAUGAACAAUUAAAUGAAACUGAAUUUUUAACAAUUCUUUUUGAUUAUUGUUUAUUACGAUUUGUUAAUCAAGAUAUUUGUUCGUUGCACUCAAACACCAUACAUGCGAGAGAAAUAUUUUCUGAUGCAUUACAAUGGUCUAAUGGAUUUGUAGCAAAACUAAGUGGUAGCCGCUUGACUGGUCUCGUUGAACAGUACUAUGUGAAAGCCGUUGAUGAUGAAAUGUCCAUGGUUACGGGAGAUACAGAUAUUAUGUUCGAGCCAAAAGAAGUAUUCAUAUCAGAUUUGGAUACUGAAUCAUCAUCUCAAAUUGGAUAUGCUCGCCCAUGUCCAUUUUCCGGUUUUUACUAUAUUGAAUACAAUGAGAAAUGUAAAUUUCCACUACUCUCCGAAGUUUUAGAAGAACAUAAUGGGAAACGUUAUAUUUCAAGCAAGAAAUUAACCGAUAUUAUACACAUAGAAUUCUCAAAGUAUGAUGAUCAAGGACCAAUACUUUGUGAACUGCAUGGACCAGCAAUUUCAGCCACACCGAAAGACGGAACACCUGCAUUAUGUGAUUAUGUAUUUUCAUGGAAUAUGGCACAUAUUCCCUAUGAUAUCCGCUAUGAUUGGCAAGAGCGUUCUAAACAAUGGCCAUCGAUUGAUAUUGUAGAAGUUAUUUCUAAAUCAUCGUGUCAUUUAGUACCGAAACGAAUAGGAAACGAUAAUUUGAUGUGGCGUUUAUCAUUGAGUUUUCCCGAACUUCUUUUGACAAAUUCAUUUCAAGACAAGCAAAAGAAAUGCUACACUCUUUUAAAUGCUAUUGUACAAGAGUUAGCCCCCGGCGUAUUGUCAUCCCAUCAUAUUAAAACAUUUUUUUUCACUUAUUUGGAAAAGCACAAUUCUACGUUUAGUACAAAAGAUCAAAUAUCACUUCUACUCGAAAUGAUUCAAGCUUUAUCAAAUAUAUUGAAAACUCACACGAUGCCUAAUUACUUUUUAUCAAAACUCAAUAUGUUGGAAUUUGUAUCAGAUAAAAAUUGUCAACAUCUUAUAGUACAAUUAGAAUUAUUUAUUAAGAAACCAAUUGUGAUGAUGAUUACUAUGGAGAAAAAUUUUAAACAAUUUGCAAAUAUCUUAGAUGUUCCUGUUCCAAAUGAUUUACACUUAAUGUCUAAUGGUUUUUAUUCAAAACAUACAAUAUUGAAUUGGUAUUUCAAGUCAUUAUUUAAAUUUGCAUCAGUUAUCGAAGACUCAAUGAGAUUAAUAUAUUUUGAGAAACUUGUUCAUCUAUCAAUAAAACAUUUUCCAUCCACAAGUGAAUGGUGUUCAACGGUCGAAAAUUUACUAUUUAUGUGGUUAUCUAUGACAUUUACAAAGUCAUUAGUUAAACAAUUACCAGAAUAUUUUGAACAGAACAUUGAAUUUGAGCGAAAUACAACAAUUAAUGAAAAUUGGUUGUAUAAUAAUGUUUUAGAGCCAAUAACAUUAGUGUUCAAUAUCUUAAGUAACGAUAGUAAUGAAUAUAGUAAUAUCCUUGAUAACGAACAGUCGUCAAGUGAUUCAGACUGCCAAGAAUGCGAUAAUAGUAUGGAAAUUACCCAACAACAUCCGACGGUAGUUGAUGACAGUGCAGAUGAUAUUAUUGAUCUACCAGUUCUGAAGAAAAAUGGCAAUCCGAAUAAUUCAGAUGAUUACUUUUGGUUACCUGUCCAUCAAUUUCGUUUAGGAGAAAUAAUCGAGAUUAUGCUUGAAACCGUUUCAAUUGUACUACUUUAUAAAAAUGAUAUUCAAACAAUAAUCGAUCGUUUAUGUUUAUUUGGUUUAAAAAAUGAUCUAUUGUCCACCGCGUUUCACAAUUGUGCGUGUCAUAAAUGUCUUUCAACAUGUGAAUUGAAACGUCUUUUAUUUGCCGUAGAUAAAAAUGAUCCAGUAAGUGUUAAUCUUUCUUGUGAUCAUAUACAUAAUUUAAAACAAAAUAUAAAUAUCUCAUUUGAACAUGCAAAUAUAUUUUUUAAUGCGUCAUUAAAAUUACGACCUGAUUCAAUAACAACAAGAACAGAAUUUGGCUACUCAUAUUAUUUUUUAUUUGGAAAAUAUAUAGAAGCAAUUGAUGUUAUGUUAUCUGUUAUAAAUGUACAAAUAACUGAUGAACAUCUUUCAAAUAGUUUAUUCUAUUCAAAAACUGACGUUACUUGUCCAAUUGUAACAUAUCUACGUAUUAAACUACACAAAGAAGAUAUGAUAUUUAAUCCAAUAGUCAUUGCUUACUAUACACUGUUUCAAUCUUAUAGAAUGGUUAAUAGAUGGAAUGAUGCAGAAAAAUACAUUGAUGAUUUCGAGAAAAUCUGUAAAGACGAACGUAAUCAGUCUAAAUCAAAUUCCUAUAUACUAUUAGCAACUGCUUACAUGUGUAUUGGUAAUUUAGAAACAGCCUAUAAUAUACUACAACAAUAUAAUAGUAAAGAUAUGAUAAUGGAUCAAUUGUAUUCAUUAUGUGGUAUAUGUGUGAAAAUUCUUGUACCUUUAACGCAUGUAAACGAUCUAAUUGAAAAUGGUGUUGUCAUUAUAUUACCAUAUCGACGUUCAGAAUGUGGUGACGACGAUGAAGAAUUGAAUCUUAAACCAUCGUUAAUUACGGGUCCAUCUUUUAAUCAAAUCUUUUCAACGUCAACGACUUGUGCUAUAUUAUUGAGACAUGGAUAUGAUUGCUAUAAAAGCAAACCAUGGCUCAUAAAUGAAUUAACGAUUAUUGAUGAACUAGAAAAGUGGAUGAGUCGUUUACCACCAGUUCAAAUGUAUUAUUAA